GAGGCUUCCCACCUCAUCGUAGACCUAUUGGUGCAAGAGAGGGUUUUUUGCGGGGUGGGAUUGGGGGGUGCUUUUUAAAAGGCUCUCGAGGAUCCCUUGAAUAACUGAGAGGUGACAGGAACGCCAGGUCUCGCAAUGAAAGCAUGGGGAAUAAUUCUAAGUUGAAUCUGACGUUAACAGCACACAGAUAACACCCACUGGGCACUGCUUGGCUGAAGCUUGCGGUGGGCUAGGAUCCGAGGGAACCCGGCUGAGGCCAGCGGCUGCAGCAGUACAAGGCGGGGCUGCCCCUGCACCUGUGCAUCCCAGCUUCGGCUGGUCCCCUCACCCCGACAGAAGCAGCCGAGCCACAUCGCACGGAGAGGCCACGUCCACGGUGGGGAGCGGUCAGCGAGCGAGGCUGGGGAGGGGGGCGCGGCUGCGGCGAGCUGUCCAGGGGGAGGCGGGAGGAGGAAAGGCGCCGCCGCCUCGCCCGCGGCGACACAGACGCUGGGAGCGGCCCUGGCGGUGGAGUGGCCCAUGAGAGCCUGAGCCAGCAUAAAGCCACCUUGGAUCAACCUUAGUCACUUCAAAUUUGGUCUCGUGGAGCCACCUGAAAGUGACAGCCAUAAAAGCCCCAGCCCGCUGCUGAGAGGAGCUGCCUGGACAGAGCAUCUCUGAGGCCCGAGGUGCUGGGACUGCACACACUGGCUCUUCUUCUCAAAGGAUCAUCAGUGAGUUUGGAUUCUGAAAAUAAAAGCUCCAAGGUGACCCCUGCCCCUGCUGCCGACUUCCCGAGCAAGUUCUCCAAGUCAGUACAUUGGAGUUGAAUUCUUGUUGCCAGAAUGGGGAAACAGAACAGCAAGCUGCGCCCUGAAGUCAUGCAGGACUUACUGGAAAGCACAGACUUCACAGAGCACGAGAUCCAGGAGUGGUACAAAGGCUUCUUGAGAGACUGCCCCAGCGGACAUUUAUCAAUGGAAGAGUUUAAGAAAAUAUAUGGGAACUUUUUCCCUUACGGGGAUGCUUCCAAAUUUGCAGAGCAUGUCUUCCGCACCUUCGAUGCAAACGGUGAUGGGACAAUAGACUUUAGAGAGUUCAUCAUAGCCCUGAGUGUGACAUCAAGGGGCAAGCUGGAGCAGAAGCUGAAGUGGGCCUUCAGCAUGUAUGACCUGGAUGGCAAUGGCUACAUCAGCAAGGCAGAAAUGCUGGAGAUUGUACAGGCGAUCUACAAAAUGGUUUCCUCUGUCAUGAAAAUGCCUGAAGAUGAAUCAACCCCAGAGAAAAGGACAGAAAAGAUCUUCCGCCAGAUGGAUACCAAUAGAGAUGGAAAGCUCUCCCUGGAAGAAUUCAUCCGAGGGGCCAAAAGCGACCCAUCCAUUGUGCGUCUCCUGCAGUGUGACCCCAGCAGUGCCGGCCAGUUCUGAGCCCUGCACCCCCAGGACGCUACAGCUGCUUGUGUCCCUCCUGAUUAGCUUUUAAACUUACUUCGGUUUUUGUUUUUGCCAAACAAUAUUGAUGGUGACACUGUGCCCUCUUCAGUCAGAUGUGCCCUCCUGUGACACUUUUGCCCCUUGCUUCUUUCAUGGUGGAUGUGAAUGCCCAGAGCCCACGUGCUUGUGGAGAGCAUGCACAGACUUCGUGGUGUUCCCCAGUGGAUGGCUUUUUUAAUCAUCUUUUUUUUCCCCUUUGAUUCUAAUGUCUCUAUCUUAAAACCUAAGCCCUGAGGGGCAAGACAAGGGAAGUACAUUCAGCCCGGGGCUUCUUCUGCAAGCUUCCAGGGGCUUUGUUUGAAAUACAAAACUCCUACCCUGGGUCUGUUGUCACACAUGCCCUGGGAGCUAGAGCAGACACCUGAGGCUAAGUUUUUAAAGAACAGGUUACCCUCUGGGGAGAGGCUAUUAAAGGCAGCUGGGACAUUUCCCCCCAGAGGCCACUCCCUCUCACCCCAGCAGGCUGUAAUUUCUAAGCUGUGAACUUUUCAAGGUAAAUUAACAGAGAUGGGAAAAGAUGGCUCAGCUGUUUGUUUUGUUUUGUUUUGUUUUGUUUUUCUCCCACAGGUUUACAUAGUUGAGCUAAUACAAGUUUCUUUAAAAAAAAAAAAAAUCAAACACAUAUUCAAAUGCCAGACCCAUCUUGCUGCCUACUGGUGAUUUAUAAAAGACUGCUGUAUAUAAAACAUUGGAUAUUGCAGACCAAAUUAAGUGUUUUGCCUUGUAAAAUGCAUGUUUAGCGAGCGCUAAUACAAUCUUACUACAGAAGACUGUUUUAGUAGCUUAUUGUGAAGCCAACUACAAUGAAUGUCGAUGUCUUGUUUUAAAGUCAUAGCUGUCUUUGCACAAAUGUACCAGUUAGCAAGUAUAUUUUAUAUACUCCAUAAAAUCACAGAAUGGUGACAGGGGCCCAGCUUUGAUUUCAAAUGGCUUCCUAGAGUCAAGGUGGCUGGAGGACACGAGGAAGCCAACUGUCCAGGCAUCCUGUCCACCAGAGCAGCACGGUGAGCUCCACAAGGACAAGGGACCAAGGCCCAGCAGCGUACUGGCAGCAAGCGCAGGUGCAACGCUUGUCUCAGCAGAUGAAUGUCCUACAGACGCAGAAAAACAGAGACUUCAAGCAGUUUAACCCACAUCCUUGGUGGGGGAGCCACAUCUAGAAUGUUCAUUUUUCCUGCCCCCAGGUACCCUAGUCAGGUGUGGGCUAGCCAGGUGAUUCACCCAUUAUAAGAACCAGCAAAGGGACCUGCAGUGUCCAAGGCCAACCAUGGGGGUCCCAAGAGCGCUCUUCCUCACUGUGUUCUUUGAAUGCAGCAAAGUUGAGCUGCUGCCUCGGCUGGUCACCUCAUGCACACUACUUUGAAAUUAGGGCUGGAAAUAAAAACUCCUGGCCACAGGCAAGAUAAGGCCUCACAAACAGCUUACAUCAGAAGAUCUAAAUACUCAAGAAUGUUGGUGGCAGACCCUAAGAGGAGCAGCCUAAGAGGAGGCAGGAAGGUCUCUGUCUGGCAGGGGCCAAGCCGUGUCCUGUAAAACAAGAACCACAAAAAGAUAAAGACAACCUGAAGGAAAGUUUCCUGCCAGCCCCAGGUCCCCCACAGUGACACUCGUAACUGGCAGAAGUUUAAACUUGAAUGGUGAAUUAAAAUGAAUCACUUAGUAGGUUGAAAUUUAGAGACCUAGAUUUUGUAAUCUUAAUCUUUCCUAGUGUCGUUUCCUUACAUUUUGUACCAAGGUUUGCCAACUCCUGUGGACCAAAUGGUAAAGUCUGUUUUUGUAAAGAAGAAUUAACUCAAGUGGUUGAGCAUAAACAGGUGAAGGGAGCCGACAUGCUGGUUUGUGAGGUAGGCUCACCUACUUGGGCUCUGCCUCAGGUUGGGCCAAACCCUGUGUUUCCUAGAACUUAGAGAUGGGGUGGGAACUAGAGGUGCUCUCCAGCUAUUAGGAAAUGAAAGAGCCAGAUGCAAGAGUUAUGAACCCUGUGGUCCCCAGAAGGCAUGGAGAGUUCCAGAACUGGUUACACCACAGACCUAACAGAUAUAUCCGUACAUCCUCCUCCUCCCCACCUGGCCCCAGGAAGGCACUGGACCUGUGUAAUUUUCAUGCAUGCAUGUUGGACCAAGGGACUUCACAGCAUCAAGAGGGCCGAGUGCCUGAAGUCAACUGUCACUCCUGUGGCUAGGCAUUGUUUUGCUGUGUUCAGAGAUCUCUGUGGAGGAAAUGGAGCCUGUUUUGUUCCAAGUAAAGGCAGCUUGUGCUGUCCAUGGAACUGGAGUAAAUGGCUUAUGAGUUGAAGGAUGUUUCAGAAUGCUGGACUGUUCAUACCUCGCUUAGGAUGGAGGAGGGGAUGCUGUGGGUACCACCCCACCCCAGCAGUACUCCCUGGGGACUUUCUACAGAUGAAUUUAAUAAUAUAUAUGUCAUACUAUGUGGAAUGGUCCCGUUAUCAGUUGGUUGUGUAGCUCUUGCCUGGCAUUAAAGCAUGUUUAUUAUUUAAUAUCA